UUCUCCAACACCACCACACCGCCGCCGCCGUCGCCGUCGCAUUUUUCGAUGGAAAGAAACGAUACCGAGACUCAUGAUUUCAUGAACGUCGAGUCUUUCUCUCAACUUCCCUUCAUCCGUCCUUCACCCCUCAAAGAAAAGAGCAUUAGGCUCUUCGGAAAAGAGUUUAGUGGUGCCGCCGGUGCCGACUCGCCUGAAGUUAUCAUCUCCGACGACGCGGACUCGAAUGAAACAGCCGCCGUGGAAUCUAAAGACGCCGGAGAAAGUAACCGGAAAUUCGAGUGCAAUUACUGCUGCAGAAAUUUUCCGACUUCUCAAGCCUUGGGAGGUCAUCAAAACGCACAUAAAAGAGAACGACAACAUGCCAAAAGAGCUCACCUUCAGUCCACCAUGGUUCACGGCAGCUUCUCGGAAGCACAAAUGUAUGGUCUGAUGAACUACCACCGAUUUGCACCCUCCACCACCCCACCACCACCCUAUUUCCACCACACGAACACCGCUUCUAGCAUCACCAACUACAAUAACAGAUUUUACGGUGGCACUUCCUCUUACACCUCCCAUCAAACACCCAUCAAUGGCAGUCCACUGGCGAUGUGGAAAUUCCCGACGACCACGACGACGACGACUUUUAGCGACAAUCCGAAAUCGUCAAUAAUUGGAACUGGGAAUCAUUCUCAGAUCCGAUAUACGUAUGAACAAAAGCCAAAUGUUCAAGAACAAGUUAGUUUGGAUUUACAUUUAUAAUAUCAUCAAU